AUCUGGAUUUGAGGAGGAAGUAAUAGAUGAUGUUGUGUUCGUGAUUCGUCAGUACGAGGUCGAUAUCUACUGUAAUCCUAUCAACUACCACUACCUCCUUCCUUAUGUUAGUCACUGGAGAAAUGUCCGCUUCCACUGUGUCACAGAAAAACAGUAUGAAGAUGAAGAAGAGUCUGGUAAUUUCAAAAUCCAGUCUUUUAUAGAGAUGGUGGCCGAUAGUAAGAUUGUAGGGAUACCAUUCAGUAUUACAGGAAAUCAGCAAAAGUUUGACAAGAUGUUAGUGGAGAAAUGGCCGAUUGUGCAGGCCUAUGCUCUCGAGGAUUUCGGAGGGCGAGGAUUCUUCACCCUGUCACAUGAGGUAGUGAAUGUUAGUGCAGACCUACACUUGCUGUACAGACAGAUAGACCCAGUGUCAUUAGAAAAAACUAUUACUGAGCAACUGCCACUGUUGGAGAGGCAAUGGACUAACAUGAUUAGCACUGUGGAUGCAGACUUAUCUAAAGAUCCGAAAUCUAUCACAGAAGAAAAGAUUUGUGAGGUAAGCUUUAAUAAGUAUUAGUGAAAUA